UACAGUGUCUUGUAUGAAAUGUGAUUCAGCAUGACUGUCAUUUUCUAAUACAGCCACAUGGAUAUGUGUAUUGAAUAGUAAACCGUGGUAGACUUUAGAACUACACGUCACGUGCCUUCAACAGCUGAGCUAACUCGCAUUACAGCACAUUACUGGCAAGAUUUGCUUUCCAUAUAUAUACGACACCGGACACCUCAACAAGCCUCAGUAUUGGUCUCAGUUCUCCCAACUGUACCAGCGUGCAUAGCUAAGCAGUGUGCUCAUUACGAUCGCUCAUGAUCUCAUGAUCUCAUGAUGGAGCACGAGGGAAAGUUUCAAUUUGCAAUAGACAGAGGUGGCACCUUCACUGACAUUUACGCAAGAUGUCCUGGUGGGAAAGUUCGAGUAAUGAAACUUCUUUCUGUGGAUCCUGCAAAUUAUCCAGAUGCACCACGAGAAGGAAUCCGCCGUAUUUUAGAGGAGGAGACAGGCAUUCAAAUGCCAGCCAAUCAUCCCAUUGAUGGGCGUUACAUUGACUGGAUCCGAAUGGGCACAACAGUUGCUACAAAUGCACUGUUGGAGAGGAAGGGUGAGAGGAUGGCACUCCUGAUCAAUAAAGGUUUCCGGGAUCUUCUUUUCAUUGGCAAUCAAGCAAGACCUAAAAUUUUUGACCUGGAAAUAUUAACACCUGACGUUUUGUAUGAGGAGGUAAUGGAGGUGGACUGUCGAGUGGUUCCUGCACUACCUGGACAGUGCCUUUUAAUGGGGCUUGGACAUGGGGAGUGGUCAAAUUGGCGCCAUGCUACAGGAACUACAGGCGAGAAAUUACUAGUGUGCCAGGAGUUGAAUGAAGAUACGCUAAGGAAGGACCUGAUUGUUCUGAAAGAAAAGGGCAUUAACAGCAUUGCUGUGGUUCUGGCACACUCUUACAUGUAUCCAGAACAUGAAGAAGCAGUAGGCCGUGUGGCAAGGCAAGUGGGGUUCAACCAUGUGUCCCUUUCACACCAAGUGAUGCCAAUGGUUCGCAUAGUUCCCCGUGGAUUCACAGCAUGUGCUGAUGCAUACCUUACUCCACAUAUACACAAGUAUAUAAAUGGCUUUUCAGGAGGCUUCAAGGAUAACUUGGUGGGUGUCAAUGUGCUCUUUAUGCAGAGUGAUGGUGGGCUCACAUGCAUGGAUACUUUCAGUGGGUCACAUGCAAUAUUAUCAGGACCAGCUGGUGGAGUCGUGGGUUAUGCAGUGACAACAUACAAGAAAGAGACAGAUUUACCUGUCAUUGGAUUUGACAUGGGUGGAACAUCGACUGAUGUGAGUCGAUUUGCUGGCGAUUAUGAGCAUGUGUUUGAAUCAACCACAGCUGGAGUCACCAUACAGGCUCCACAGCUGGAUGUUAAUACAGUUGCUGCUGGUGGUGGAUCCAUGCUGUUCUUCCGCUCAGGCCUGUUUGUAGUGGGGCCUGAAUCUGCAGGAGCACAUCCAGGCCCUGUGUGCUACCGCAAAGGAGGACCUCUUACUGUGACUGAUGCCAAUCUGUGCCUAGGACGUCUGCUGCCAGAAUACUUCCCAAAAAUAUUUGGUCCAUCAGAAAAUGAACCCCUGGAUAAAGCAGCAACUAUAGAAGCUUUCUACAAACUCACUGAAGAGAUAAACAAUUUCCUUAGCACCCAACCAGAUGGCAAAACGAAACCUGCAAUGACAGCAGAAGAUGUUGCAAUGGGUUUUAUACAUGUAGCUAAUGAAGCUAUGUGUCGCCCCAUCCGGGCCUUGACACAGGCUAAAGGCUAUGACACAAACCACCAUGUGCUGGCAUGUUUUGGUGGGGCAGGAGGCCAGCACGCAUGCUCAAUUGCCAGAGCGCUGGGAAUGGGGACAGUAUUUGUGCACAAAUAUGCUGGAAUUCUGUCUGCAUAUGGCAUGGCUCUUGCUGAUGUUGUGCACGAAGCACAGGAACCAUGUGCCAAAGUCUAUGAACCAGAAUCAUUCUUAUACCUGGAUGAGCGGCUGACUGUGUUGGAAAAGCAAUGUGAAGUGGAACUAGAGAAGCAGGGAUUCAAACCUGAACAUAUACACACAGAGGCAUACCUGCAUUUGCGUUAUGAAGGAACAGACUGUGCUCUUAUGUGUACUGCAAACCCAAGCAGCAAAUCUGAGACUGCAUGUAAACAUGGUGACUUUCAAAAGACAUUCUUGCAGAGAUACCAGCGUGAGUUUGGGUUUACGAUACAGGGUCGUGUAAUUGUUGUAGAUGACAUUAGGGUUCGAGGUAUAGGAAAAUCGUUGGUUCAAACAGACAGUCCAGUUCCUGCUGCAGAAGGACCGCCAAGAGUAGACAAGGAGGUUGACGUGUAUUUCGAGAGUGGUUAUCAUCAUGCUUCUGUGUAUAUUCUGGGUGACCUGCAUGCAGGACAUGAGAUUCCUGGCCCAGCCAUUAUUAUGGACAACCUGAGCACAGUUCUUGUGGAACCUGACUGUACUGCUUUCAUUACAUCAAGAGGGGAUAUCAAGAUUGUAAUUGGUUCAGGUGAACUCAGGAGGAUUGGUACAGAGCUGGAUGCCAUUCACCUCAGUAUCUUCUCACAUCGUUUCAUGAGCAUUGCUGAACAGAUGGGCAGAGUUUUACAACGGACCACAAUUUCAACAAAUAUCAAGGAGCGGUUGGAUUUCUCUUGUGCUUUGUUUGGUCCAGAUGGAGGCCUUGUGUCUAAUGCACCACACAUCCCAGUGCAUCUGGGUUCUAUGCAAGAGGCUGUCCAGUAUCAGAUGAGAUCACUUGAAGGUGGUUUCCAAGAAGGCGAUGUCAUUCUGACCAACCACCCAGCUGCUGGAGGAUCUCACCUCCCUGACCUUACAGUCAUAACCCCUGUCUUUUAUAAGAGUGAGAGGAAGCCUGUAUUCUUUGUGGCGAGCCGUGGACAUCAUGCAGACAUUGGGGGAAUCACACCAGGAUCCAUGCCGCCACACUCCAAGAGUCUGACUGAGGAAGGUGCAAGCUUUAAGAGCUUUUACUUGGUGAAGCAAGGAUUGUUUAAUGAAGCUGAACUAGUGCAGGCACUGAAGGCUCCAGGAAUGGUACCUGGCUCCUCAGGGACACGAAACCUUCAAGACAACUUGUCUGAUCUUAAAGCUCAGAUUGCUGCAAACCACAAGGGCAUUAGCUUAGUCUUGGAGCUGAUAGAUGCCUAUGGCCUUGAUGUAGUGCAAGCAUACAUGCGUCACAUUCAGACCAAUGCUGAGGUGGCUGUGCGGGACAUGUUGCGUGAGAUAGGAACAAAGGUGCACCAACGUUCUGGUGUAAGCGAACUAGAAGCAGAGGAUUUCUUAGAUGAUGGAUCACCCAUACGACUUAAAAUCAGCAUUGACAUUCAGCAAGGGACAGCUGUGUGUGAUUUCAGUGGCACUGGCUAUGAGCUGUGGGGCAACUGCAAUGCUCCAAGGGCCAUAACUCUGUCUGCCCUUAUAUACUGUCUGCGUUGCAUGGUGGGACAUGAUGUGCCUCUCAACCAGGGCUGCCUGAAUCCAGUAAGAGUGACCAUUCCAAAAGGCAGCUUGCUUCAUCCAUCAGACACUGCAGCUGUUGUUGGUGGCAAUGUGCUGACCUCUCAGCGCAUAGUUGAUGUUGUGCUGAAGGCUUUCGAGGUUUGUGCGGCCUCUCAGGGCUGCAUGAACAAUGUCACCUUUGGGGAGGAGAAGUGGGGCUAUUAUGAAACAGUUGCAGGUGGAGCUGGAGCUGGACCUUCGUGGCAUGGCCAUAGUGGUAUCCAUACUCAUAUGACCAACACUCGUAUCACUGAUGCUGAAAUUCUCGAGCGUCGUUAUCCAGUAAUUCUACGCCACUUCAGCCUGCGUCCAAAUUCUGGUGGUUCUGGCCGCUACAGAGGAGGCGAUGGAGUUGUUAGAGAACUGUUGUUCAGACGCCACAUCAUGCUUUCUGUUCUUACUGAACGCCGAGUUUUCCAUCCAUAUGGUAUGAAGGGUGGUUCUCCUGGAGAAAGAGGAUUGAAUCUGAUUAUGAAAUCAGAUGGAAGGAUCAUCAGUCUUGGAUCAAAAACAGCAAUUGCCACUGAACCAGGGGAUAUAUUCCGACUGCUGACACCUGGUGGUGGUGGAUAUGGGUGCCCAAAUGUUAUGACAUCAGCUGAAGAAGACACCAGUCAGAAGAAACAGCCCUUGUCCAUUGAACGAGGCAGUGUAUAUGAAUAUCAUCGGGCUCAAGAGUCUGUGUAAUAUCAUGAGUUUCUAUAGUAUUUCUUAAAAACCGUUUAAUUAGUAAUCUUUCUAGCAGACUGAAUAUUUGGAGUCAGCCCGCCCCCCCACCUUUUUAUUAUUCCAGUAAAUGUGAUCAGAUUUGGUACACAAAUACUCAUUUAAUCAAGUCAUUAACCAUCAUCAUACAGUUCUGAAUAAGUAGGAAUUCCAGACACCCUUUCAGUGUUAAUAUUGCCACAUUAUUUUGUAUUACCAUGUCUACAGCAGGUUGAUUGAUGCAGAUGGUCUGUUUUGUGCCUAUGUAUUACAUGAUCCAAAAAUCCAAAGAGUUUGCAAUCUCACAUUAUGUGAUAUUUGAGGUUCUCAUUAUGGUGACUGAAGAAAUUGCUGGGUGAUGUGGUCUGGUAAGCAGAGUGCUGUGUGCUUGCUUGGCUUACCCUUUGAUCCUGAAAGAGGAAGCAGUAUGUUACUCUGAAACAUCUGUAAGCUUCUACUGUCCUACAUAUUGUCACAUUAUAGAAAAUAUUUAAAAAAAAAAUGCCUUUUAGUCCGCAAGUGAACUAUACC